UCGGAGGGGAAUUAUGUGCUCUGAGUCAGGGAUAAAAUUGAGUGGCCUGGAAUUUACCACAUUUUGUACUUCGCUUAUUAAUGUACGAAGUUCUUCCUCUUCCAACAGCCUUUUUCCAACUGUUCUUUUUAGAGAAUAUUUUACCAGUCCUACCAUCCUUUCUACAAGUCCAUUUUUCCAUGGAGCUCUUUCCGUCACGAAAAUCCAUUUAAUUUCGUGAU